CCUAGAUGAGUUAAUUAAACACUUUGUUCUUCCAAUUGACAUAGAUGUUUGUUCCUCUUCCUUGUUCUCAAGAUUGUGAUCAAUGGAGGAGAAAAAGAGACACACAUGCUUGAAGCUACAGAUAAACGGAGAAGAAGCAAUCUUUGUGAAGGGAACUUGGUUUGAUACCCACUUCAACCUCUCCAUCACCGAUGGCUUCACUGCUUGGUACUGCUACGCAUCGGAGGAAGAGUUGAAGCAGCGUGCUGCUCAGUGGGAUCAACCGGUUUCUGAAUACGUGCAGUUGUCGGAAAGCUACUUGGGGUUUCAGCAGCAUGGUUCUAUUUAUGCUUUUGCUGAUGCUGGUGAUGGACAUAAAAGGUUGUCAUGGACGUUUGAGAAGGGAGGAAUGACUCUGCAUUGGAGAUGGAAAUGCAUGCAGUCUCCUGAUUGUAAGAAAACUACUGCACAAAUAUUGGACUUUCUCAUGGACGCAAACAUAAGGCUUAGUGAAGAAGUUGUCAGAAAAACAGAUUUGUUUGAGAAGACGAAAGUAGAAGCUGAGAAGUGCUUGGCUCAGAGUGAGAGAAUAGCCAAUGAAAGGGUGGAUUUUGAAUCUCAAAUCUAUACAAAGUUUCUGGGUGUCUUAAAUUCAAAGAAAGCAAAACUGAGAGAGCUUCGAGAUCAGCUGUCGAAACAAGAUAAUGCUGACAAAUCUCCUCAAGAGGAAGACACAGACAAAACUGAAAGUUUUGAUGAAGAAAGUGAUAAUGACUUAAGCAAUGAAGAUCCUCAAAAGUGUAUCACUAGUUCUUCGAAGAAGGUUGGAGCAAAUAAGCCUUCUCGUUCAAGGAGAACUAAAAACACAUGACAAAUUAUCUGCACUUAGCAAGAGUUUAUUUUCAACUUGGAUUUCACAUAUCUACAAAAAAUCAUUUAACUAUGAUGACCACAAGCCCCUUGAUAUCUCAUUAUGCCUCAUAAUCCCAUAUAGAACAGUGUUAAUAUUUUGUCUUGUAACUAGAACUAUGGUUUCAUUUUUGAACUCUUGUAAAAGAUGUGUUAGCAUUACAAUCAAUCAUGGUAAUACAAAGACAUUGUAUAUUGGGAAUCUAAUAACAGUGAAGGUAUGAUUAAGAUUUAUUUUUAUA